UUUAAUUUUCUAGUUUUGAUUGUCAUUAUAGUGACUCCAAUUUAAAAAUUUUUUAUAAAUAUAAAACUUGAUUUAAUGAUUAUUUAUAUAUUUAAAUGUAAUUAAAAUUUUAAUUUAAAGUCAAAAAUCAAAAAUGAAAAGCAUCGAAAGUAUAACAAAGGAGUACCCUUUACAUUAUCUGGUGUGGAAUAACGACUAUGAAAAUCUGGCAAAGGAACUAAAAACUGGAAAGCAUGAUAAAGAAAAAUUAGAUCCAAGGGGUAGAACCCCUUUAAUGCUAGCUGUUAAAUUGUCACAUGCACAAUCGGUGAAGUGUUUGUUAUCGGCAAAAUGUAAUGCUAAUUUUGAAUGCGAUGGAUGGUCAACUGUUCAAGAAGCAGUAUGUGCUGGAGAUGAAAAUAUCCUUACUAUGGUAUUAGAAGUUAGAGAUUUACAAAGGCAUAUACAAAGAGUUACUCAUGUUCCUCAAUUGCUGCAGCAUUUGCUUGACGCACCAGAUUUUUAUGUAGAAAUGAAGUGGGAAUUUACUUCAUGGGUGCCAUUAAUGUCAAGAUUAUGCCCGAGUGAUACGUACAAGGUGUACAAACGGGGUGCUAAUGUUAGAAUAGAUACUACCUUAUUGGGCUUCGAUAAUGCGACUUGGCAAAGGGGUAACCGGUCAUAUAUAUUUAAAGGAUUAAAGGACUCUGCUACUAUGAUUGAAAUAGAUCACGACACGCACGAGGUGCUUGUAGAGCAGCUGCAAAGUGUUGUUGGCGAAGUAGAAGGCAUUCCAAUUCCCGUGGGUUCCGCUCGAGCUCGCCUAAGUGCUCCAGUUAUGUCUAACAAUAUAGAUAUGGAUAAAAUUAGCUUUGAACGAAAUAAAAGUGGAAUAUGGGGUUGGAGGCGAAAUGAUAAAUGCGAAGCAGUAAAUGGAUAUAACUGCAAGGUAUAUGGAGCAAGUAAUGUCGAAUUUAUAACAAGAACCAGAACUGAACAUCUGAAUGAAGAUCAAAUGCGGGCAAAAAAUUCACGAUCUCCUUUACAUAAUAUACUUGGGUUUACUGAAGAAGAACUUGCCGCAAAUCCUGAAUUAGCGAAUAAUCGCGAAACAGUAUCGACACCAAACUCCGAUGACAAAAGUGAUAAUGAAGUGACAAACGAUGACAGUGGCAGUAGCAGUUCUGGGAACACAACUCCAAAAUCUUUAAUUCCUGAGGAAUAUUUUUCCGAUGCUGACCUUAAUGGAAGAGAUGUUGGUAGACCUAAGAAAAUUAAUACUAAAGUUCAAAGGUUUAAAGCAACUGUAUGGCUUAGCGAAGAUUUUCCAAUUAAAUUGCAGGAACAGGUAUUACCAAUUUUAGAUUUGAUGUCAACUAUGGCUAGUCCGCAUGUGUCAAAAUUAAAAGACUUUAUAACAAUGCAACUGCCGUCAGGGUUUCCAGUCAAAGUUGAAAUACCAUUGUUUCAUGUAUUAAAUGCAUGUGUUACAUUUGGCAAUGUAUUUGGUACUGUAAGCCCAGUAGAUAUGGUUCAAACUAUAGAAGAAAAUGAGCGACUAACUUGCGUUAUAGAUGAUCAAUGCUUUGAAAUACCGAGCCAUUAUGUUAAUAGAGAUCACGAUCUUCGACGCCAAUUCACAUUAGAAGAUGAAGACGAUUUAUUACAAUUAGCUAUAGAACAAAGUUUAAACGAAUCGAGCGCUUCAGAUAUAGAUAAAGUUGACAUAUGGGAAGCAUUAAAAGGUAGUAGUGGGCAAAAAGAUAGCACUGCUAAUAGUCCAAAUAGAAAUUUUCUAAGUGAAGAAGACGCUCAGUUACAAAGAGCGCUUCAAAAGUCAUUAAGCCAAUUUAAAAAUAUGGGCAGUGAUGGUAAUUCAUUAUUACAAACUCAAAAUCAACCUCAAUCGCCAGUGAAUUCGUUAAUAUCUCCUGGAUCUGAUUUUAAUCGAUUAAAUUACUGUGAUCCAGAUCUAGCAAUGGCACUGCGCAUUAGUGAACAAGAACAGAAAGAAUAUGAACUACAAUUGCAACAGGAGCAGGAAAUGAUGGAAAGAAUUUUAAAAUUAAGCUUAGAAGAAAAAUAAAUACAAAAAUUUUAAAAUAUUAAAACGAAACUUUUUGUUACAAAAAAAAACAAACUAGGAAAAACUUUAUACUUCGUAAUAUAAUUAAAACAAAAAACGUAUAUAUUAAUCAAUUUUCAUGGAAGUAAAAAUAAGAAAUUGUAAAAUCAAAAUAUUUAAAAUAUAAAAAUUGUACUUGUAAAAAAUAUGUAAUAAGCCAAAAACAAAAAAUGAAAAGAACAAAAAAAAACCGAUACU